CCGUUCUUCUUCUUCUCCAACCCAUCCGUCUUUCAUUUUCCACGCUCCUUGGCCUCCAUCAUCAUCAUCAUCAUCAUCUGUAUUACGUGUUUAAACUUCGAAUCUCAUCAAAUAUUCUCAAGCAACAAAUUAGCUCGUUUCAAUCAACCAGGUAUAAUAGAUCUUUCAGGGAUGUACUCUACAAAAGGGAAUCCGUUGCACAAUCAGUGCAGAUCCUCACAUGGUAGAGGUAGAAACCGUGCCAAUGAUCACAAUGCCCCUGUUUCUACCAAUGCCUACAACAACAAAAAGUACUUCAGUAGCAGCUUUCCACAUCAAGAUCUCCAUCUUCCAGAUAAAUAUGCAAAAAAAAUUAGGGACUGUUGCUACAACUACAUUGACAAUUCUGUGAAACCUGAGGUUGAACCUUCCACGAAAAGAAUGAAGUGUUCAUCUCCUUCACGGGAGAUGCACCAUCAGCAAAACCAUGCACUUAAUAAUAUUCCAUCAAGGCAACUGCCCACAAAUAACAGUUUGCAUCCAAAAAAUCAGGGUGCCUAUGGCAGUGCCACCACAACCUACAACCAUAAUCUUACCAUUUCCGUUUCAAAUGUUAAAGAUAGUGAUAGAACUUGUUCUGAUGGGUAUGGGUCUAAUAUCUACAAGCGUGUUCGGUCAGAAAUUGAAGAUGGUGACAUUGAGGUGGGUUUUAUGUCUAGAGAGGAAAUUGACAGGUGCUCUCCAUCUAGGAAAGAUGGUAUUGAUGCUGUGCACGAAAUGCAACUGCGAUAUUCAUAUUGUGCUUUCCUUCAGACGCUUGGAGCCCGACUUGAAUUGCCACAGACCACAAUUGGGACUGCCAUGGUUCUGUGUCACCGAUUCUUUGUUCAUAGGUCUCAUGCUUGUCACGAUAGAUUUCUGAUCUCUACUGCAGCUCUCUUUCUAGCUGCUAAAUCAGAAGAGACACCAUGCUCUCUCAACAACGUGUUGAGAUAUGCUGCUGAAAUAUUUCAUAAGCAGGACUUUGAAUAUUUAUCAUACAUACUUCCCAUUGUCUGGCUUGAACAAUACCGUGAACGCGUUAUUGAGGCUGAGCAAUUGAUCUUGACAACUUUAAAUUUUGAGCUCAGUGUGCAGCACCCAUAUGGUUCUCUUACAUCCACCCUUGAGAAAUUGGGAUUUUCCCAAUCAGUUUUGGUGAAUUUGGCAAUGAACCUUGUCAGUGAAGGGUAAGAGUUGUUCUUCAUUUCAUUCUUCUGAAUUGGGGUAUUUGUUAAUUUUUAUGGAAGAUUCUCUCUUUGGCCAUCAUAAUAGAUUGGAAAUUGUGAUGCCAAGUUUCAUUUAUGUUAAAUGCUGCCACCUUUAAGAAUUGCUAUUUUCGUAGUAGCAUUUACUCAUUAAAUACAUGGUUUUUAGGAGCAAUGUGGCUGGAGAUGAGAACAAAUAUGUUCUUUCGUUCUGCUUUUCCUAACAGUUUUACAAUUGCUUGUAGCUUCUGUGCAAGUUCUACUUUACAUGCCAUUAUUGCUCUUAGUCAUUUUGGAGCUGAUUUUGAUACCUUUGGAUUGACAUAAAAUUGCAGGGUCUUUAGAAGGAUUAGCUUGCUCGCUUGUAUGAUAUUCUUAGCUGGCGGUUGAUAUGCUGUACAUCAAUAGUUUUGUUUUUCAUCUGAAGUUAAAACUAGCCACUAGUGAAUGCUUUUCACCUAACAUAUAAAUAGCAACUCAUUGGCCGUAGAAGAUAUUCGCAGAUGUUCCUGGAACAAUUUUGCCAUGACAUUGUGUUCAUGACACGGAGAAGGAACCUACUGACUUAUUGAGUGUUCAAAGCUUUACUUUCCAUAUUACCUAAUCCUUCCAGCCCCAAAACAAAUUCCGAUAUGCUAUUACAGGGUCAAGCUAAAUUUGUUUUCCUUGUGUAUUUUCAUUGAUCAUUUUAUAAAAUAACACUCAUAUCACCUCUUAUUUUUUACUCAGGCUGUCCCUAAAAGAGUUUUACAGUUUCCUUUUUCUUAUGUUUCCAAAUAAACUUAACACUCCUUUUAGGAAAUGAAUAUGUGGAUCUUAUCAUUUCUCUAUCUUUAGAAAAAAUCUAACUAUACAAUUUUAACUGAACACUUUUCACUAUUCAAUACUUUUCAUGAACUCCGUGAAGUCAAACUUUAAGUUAUUAUAAGGAAGUACAACUUUAGAUGUAGAAGUAUAUGAAUUUUAGUUUUCAUUUCUACUAUAAUUUUCAAAUAAAACAAGUUGAAAUAAUAUUAGUCACCCAUUGUAAACCAAAAUGAGAACUUGUUUUUGGGACAGAUGAUGUAUGUUUUUUUGUGUCUACAUAGGACACCUGUACAGUGUUUGGCCAGUAUUUUGAUGCACCGUAGGGAACUGGUAUAUUUGCAUAUUUUCAUGAUAUCUUGAUUGAAUACUUUCUUCAAGGUCAUGCCUAAUCAAGUGUACACCUGCAAUAUGCAGACUAUGUGCGACCCAUCCUAUUUUUCUUUUCACCUAGAGUCUGUUUCUUGGGUUUGGAGUUUGAAACCAUGACUUCUAACCAGGAUGCGUAACCACUGUAACAAAUAUGAUCUUUUCCAUUUUCAUAAAAUACAAUAAAAUGCUGUUGAUGCAAUAGUUUUUUUAAAAUAUUUUUGUAACCCUUUUCCUUUGAAAAAAUCAUAUAAUGGAUAUGAGUUAUUUAUUUAUUAUUAAUUUACUUAUUAUUAAUCUAUUUAUUUAUUAUUCGUCCUUUCACUUUUUUUUGUUUUAUUUGGAUUCAAAAGUGAGGUUAUACAGUUCUCACUUUGUAAUCCUUGAGCACAUAGUGCAUGAGAAUGGGAGACCAGGAGAGUUGAUUUCAUGAGUAUGGGAAAGAUGAGAUUUUAAGUAUCAGAUCUGAGUGGCUAUUAGAUUGGAUAAUAGUGAAGCAACUGCUGUGGUGGAACAUAUAACAUUGAUAUCACAUGAGAUUUUGGCGGACAACUUUGGGGAUGUGAUGCACAGAACUUGCACUGCGCAUGGUCAGUACCAUCUAAGAAAUUGAUUUAAAGUUU